GGAGCGGAUUGUAGGGGCCGGUUGCGGGGAGGUCGCGAGCCCGCCAGCGAGACACGGAGCAGCCCAGUCACCAUGGGGAUGUUCGGCGCGAGCGGCCUCUUGCUGGGAGCUGUGAGCUGCACAUUCUUCCUGGCAGCUAACAGCCUAUAUUCAUCCAGUGAUGAUGUGAUAGAGCUAACACCAACAAAUUUCAACAAGGAAGUCAUUCAGAGCGACAGUUUAUGGCUGAUAGAAUUUUACGCACCAUGGUGUGGUCACUGUCAACGACUAACUCCUGAAUGGAAGAAAGCAGCGACAGCAUUAAAAGGUGUUGUGAAAGUUGGUGCGGUUGAUGCAGAUAAGCAUCAGUCCCUAGGUGGUCAGUACGGUGUUCGAGGAUUUCCAACUAUCAAGAUAUUUGGAUCCAACAAGAACAAAGCAGAAGAUUACCAGGGUGGCAGAACAAGUGAAGCUAUUGUUGAUGCUGCUUUAAGUACUCUUCGAUCACUGGUGAAGGAUCGUCUUAGUGGCAGAAGUGGAGGAUAUAGUUCUGGAAAGCAGAGUAGCCGAGAAAGUGGAGGCGGUGAUAAAAAGGAUGUGAUUGAACUGACUGAUGACAGCUUUGAUAAGAACGUUGUGAAUAGUGAUGAUGUUUGGCUGGUAGAGUUUUAUGCCCCAUGGUGUGGACACUGCAAAAAUCUGGAGCCAGAAUGGGCAGCUGCUGCCACAGAAGUGAAAGAACAGACCAAGGGAAAAGUGAAACUGGCAGCCGUAGAUGCUACAGUGAAUCAGAUGUUAGCCAGCCGAUAUGGGAUCCGUGGAUUUCCCACAAUCAAGAUCUUUCAGAAAGGGGAAGACCCUGUUGAUUAUGAUGGUGGAAGAACAAGAUCUGAUAUAGUUGCUCGAGCUCUGGAUCUUUUUUCUGAAAGUGCCCCACAACCUGAGCUGCUAGAGAUUAUUGAUGAAAAUAUUGUGAAGAGUACCUGCGAUGCCCACCAGCUCUGUGUCAUUGCUGUGUUGCCUCAUAUUCUUGAUACAGGAGCUGCAGGUAGAAAUUCCUACUUGGAAGUCAUGUUAAAAAUGGCAGACAAAUACAAAAAGAAAAUGUGGGGGUGGCUGUGGACAGAGGCUGGAGCUCAGUCUGAGCUUGAAAAUGCAUUGGGAAUUGGAGGAUUUGGGUACCCAGCAAUGGCAGCAGUCAAUGCACGGAAGAUGAAAUUUGCCCUCCUGAAAGGAUCUUUCAGUGAACAGGGGAUUAAUGAAUUUCUCAGGGAGCUCUCCUUCGGUCGUGGAUCAACUGCACCAGUAGGUGGUGGGGGUUUCCCUAAAAUUAACACAGUCGAGCCGUGGGAUGGCAAAGAUGGUGAGCUUCCAGUUGAAGAUGACAUUGAUCUGAGUGAUGUGGAUCUCGAAGACUGGGAUAAAGACGAAUUGUGAGAUCUUCAGGAAGUUUCUUUUCUUGGGAGAGUUUGUGCAGUAGUUUGGAACGUUGUUCAAAAUCAAAUGGAUAUUCCAGUGGCCUUUUUACAGAGAAGUAGCACUUGGCCAGCUCUCUGGAACACUGCGACAGUGAACUGUAUGCCUCUCAAGAAAACAUUGCAAAAAUUCUAUGAAUUGUUGUAACCAGUAAAUUUGAUUGUAUUCUGUGUAACAAAUAUUUUGAGGACAACAUUGAUCUUUGAUUACAUCUUGGUUUUUACUUUGUCCAUAGCAUUUGUGCUUUUUGAAUGUUUCUGGGGGAUGUUACUGUAACCUGUUUUAGAUGUGAUUUUUUUUUUCAUUUAGAUGGAACCUGACCAGCUUCUGUUUCAAUUAAAGAAUAAAACAAGGUAUUUUUGA